CCCCCACUUCUUAUAUAUCAUUUUUCAUAGUUCUCAAUCACCCUCCUUGAUGAAUCUCACAGGCUCUCUUCUAGACAUGACCGUCUCUUCCCUCCUUCAUGCAUGAAAUCAUUCAAUUCAUGAGUAUCUUUGCCUCUGCAAAAGGAAACUGAUAUAUAUCAAAGUCUCGAACUUUACCAUCUGGCUCCCCCCCCCAUCUCACUCUCUCUCUAUGAUGUCACAGGAAAAUAAUUCUCCUUCAAAGGAGGCAGCAGCGAAAGAAGAUGGUAGCCCAAGCUCCGGCGGCCGGAAAAACGCAUCUGCGAGGCCACCAGAGCAAGGUCUCAAGUGUCCGAGGUGUGACUCGCCCAACACCAAAUUCUGUUACUACAACAAUUACAGUCUGACGCAGCCAAGGCACUUCUGCAAGACAUGCCGCAGGUACUGGACCAAGGGUGGAGCCCUACGCAACGUUCCGAUUGGUGGAGGCUGCAGGAAGAACAAGAAGGUGAAGUCGUCGUCUUCACGGCUCUCCGGCGACCCCAAGGACCCCGGAUUCCCGGGGGAACUUAGUGGCUUCAAGUUUUUCCAUGGCCUUUCACCCUCACUGGAUUUUCAUCUUGGAGGGUCCCUACCCUUACCUAAACUCAAUCAUCUUCAACCUCCAACCAUAUAUAACCCAGUCUCUUCCUUUGGGGAUGUCCAAGCAGCCACCUUUGAUCCGUCUGGAAGCUCAAAUUCUAUGAUUAGUUUCAAUUACCCAACAACCGGAGGAGGAUUCAGCAGUGUAAUCCAGGGUAUGAGCUCUAUGAACGUUAACUGUAACCUUGCUUCUUCAAUUGAAUCAUUGAGUUCUGUUAAUCAAGACUUGCACUGGAAGCUACAGCAGCAGAGGUUAGCGAUGCUGUUUGGCGGUGACGAUAAUGGCCAGAAAGACGAUGGUGUUUCAGCGGUUACUCUUGAGAACCAAAUCCAGAGACCGCAACCCAUUUUGUUUCAGAAUCUUGAGAUUUCAAAGCCUGAGAUUAAUUGCGUGGCUGCUGGUAAUUCCAGAAAAGAAGGCCUAGCCACUGGUGAUACCCCUACGGAGUGGUUCUUUGGGAAUUCUUUUGCUUCUGUGACUCCUACGCCCCCAAGCACCAGCAGCGGUGGGAAUAAUGGCUAUGAUAAUGCAGCCAAUAACUGGAGUUCUGUUCAUGCUUGGGGUGAUGUGCAGCAGCAAUAUAAUGCUAUGCCCUAGCUAGGGGAGGUCGAAGGAAUAGCCAAAUUUAUUUCUCUAUAAUUAUCAAAAUUAUCAAAAGGUACUCCUUUUAGGAAUAUGCUAGUACAUGCAAUCUUUCAUCUUUUAUGUUGGUUCAAAUGAACAUAUAUAUGUAACAGAUGGUUACUCA